AUGUCGCGCCGGGUGUCCACGCUGGCGGCCGCCAGGCCGAAGUCGGCCUGUGUACCAAAAAACUUCGAUUUACUGCCUUUUCCCUCUCUCCGUGUUCGUCUACACCCUGUGCCGCUCAUGACUAUCCUAGAUGCGUACAUUCGCCGAGAUGAAGGCCAGGAAAACGUCAUCGGCACCCUCCUCGGCUCAUGCUCCGAUGGAAACGUCAUAGAUGUCACAGACUGCUUCGUUGAUCGACAUUCCUUGACAGGAGAGGGCUUGCUGCAAAUCAUCAAGGACCACCACGAGAGCAUGUUCGAGCUAAAGCAACAGGCUAACGGAGGCAACGGGGGGGUGAGGGAGGUGGUAGUGGGGUGGUUCUGCACAGGUAGUGAAAUGACGGAACUGACGUGCGCUGUGCACGGCUGGUUCAAGCAGUUUUCCUCCGUCUCCAAAUUCUUUCCCCAGCCUCCCCUGACGGAGCCCAUCCACUUGAUGGUUGAUGCCAUUAUGGAGAGCGGGAGCUUCGCAGUGAAAGUAUACACACAGGUGCAGAUGACUAUGGCUAGAGAGGCUUGCUUCCAGUUUCAUGAACUGCCCCUGGAACUGUACGCGUCUCCCUCUGACCGAAUUGGUCUAAGGUUGUUGCAGAAAGUCCGCAUGGCAAACCGGAGCCAUCCGCCUAAACCUGAGGAAUUGAUGGAGCCGGCAGCAGAUGGUGUUUUGUUGGAUGAGAUGGGCGACGGCCUCAGUGCUGAACUUGAGCAGCUGCAGGAGAAACUAGAGAUUUGCGCCUCAUACGUUCGAAGCGUGUUGAAUGGAGAAACAGAGCCGGAUCCUGAGGUGGGCCGUUUCCUCAGCUCAGCUCUGAGCGGAGCCACGGAGCCAGAAUUGGAGAGCUUUGAACAACUUUGCCAGAACACGCUGCAGGACAGCCUCAUGGCUGCGCAUUUGGCUAGACUGGCCAAGUUGCAGUUCGCUUUGACGGAGGAGGGAAUUGAGGGACGGCUGCUUGUCGACUCCAGUGAUGCUCAGCACUUAUUGAAGCCGCUGAAACACUUGCGUGUAGUUGUUGCGUUGGAUUGA